UUCAAAGUCUUCCGGGCCUUUAAGUCUAGUCAGCUCUCUCUUUCUCUUUCACUCCUGUUAGAGCUAGUUAAGUUUCCUAUUCACUUCAUCAACAAUGAGAUCAGUGCUCUUUUCUUGCAUCCAAUUGUAGAGAAAGGAGGGUUCUUUUUUCCUUUGCCAAUUGGUGAGAAUUCAGCUUCAAGCAGCCUAUUAUAGAUAACAAAGGGUUCUUUUCUCUAUGAUCACUUGCUGAGAACUCAACUUCAAGAAGGUCAAGAAAUGGCUGGUUACGAGAAAGAUGAUUUACCAAUGCUGUCAGAUUCCCGUUUAUCCAAUGAAAAUGUGGAUUCUCGGCUUAAUGUCUUUGCUUCCAGGACUAGGAGCGCAUCACUUUCUAUUCCUAUGAACUCUACAGAGUCCUAUGAACCUCAACCUAAUCUUGUUGGCCAUACUGGUCCUCUACGGAAUGAGAGAAGAACACCAUUUAUACAGAUGAGUGGCCCUUUAUAUAUCAGCCGUCAUUGGGAAAACAAUUUGCGACCGAAUCAAGGUGUUACAAGUAUUCAAAUGCCAGAACGUAAGAUAGAAACAUAUCCUUCUUUUAGUGGAAUGGAACAAAAUGAUUGGUCUGAAGACAGCUAUGCUAAAAAAAACGAACAUUUACUGAGGUCUGGACAAUUGGGGAUGUGCAACGAUCCUUAUUGCACAACUUGUCCGACGUUUUACAAUUACCAAGCUGGACAAGCAAAACAUCAAAAAACUUCUCGUAUUUUUGAUGCCAAGUAUAAUGCUCUUUACGGGGACGCCAAAGGUUGCGCUAGAAGAUUUUUCUCUUUUCUGAGUUCGUUUGUUCCUGGAAUCAUGAAUCCUCACACUAAAGUUGUUCAACAGUGGAACCAAUUUUAUGUUAUUUCUUGCUUGGCGGCGAUUUUCAUAGACCCUUCGUUUUUCUUCUUGUUGCACAUUGAAAGGGAUAGUAAGUGCAUAGCUAUCAACUGGCCAUGGACUACAACUAUUGUGUUUCUUAGAUCCGUGACUGAUUUCGUUUACUUACUGAAUAUGCUGCUUCAGUUUAGACUGGCAUAUGUUGCUCCCGAAUCUAUGGUGGUUGGAGCUGGGGAGUUAGUUGACCAUCCAAAGAAAAUAGCUCUCAAUUACCUUCGUACAUACUUUUGUAUUGACUUUUUCAUAGCAUUACCACUUCCUCAAAUAAUGAUAUUGAUUGUUCUACCCCAUAACUUGGCAUUAUCUGGAGCAAAUUAUGCUAAAAAUCUUCUACGGACAGCAGUCCUUGUUCAGUAUUUUCCCAAAUUGUAUAGGUUUCUGCCUCUGUUUGCUGGUCAGUCGUCAAUUGGCUUCACAUUUGAGUCGGCAUGGGCAAAUUUUUUCAUGAAUAUUUUCACUUAUGUCUUGUCCGGUCACGUUAUUGGAUCAGGCUGGUACCUUUUUGGAUUACAGAGGGUUAACCAAUGUCUUCAAGAUGCCUGCCAUAAAGACGGCAGUUUCUGCAAGUAUAUAGAUUGUGGCCGUGGGAAUGGUACUGGUACAUUUAUUCGUAGUGAUCCAAAUUGGGAGGCUUGGAAACUCCGUGGAAGUUCUAAUUCUUGUUUCACGGAAGAAGGUUUCCCUUAUGGAAUUUAUAAGCAAGCUGUCAACCUUACCACAGAACAUAAUAUUGCCACCAGAUACAUAUAUUCGCUGUUUUGGGGAUUCCAGCAAAUCAGUACUCUUGCGGGAAAUCAAACUCCAAGCUAUUUUGUUUGGGAAGUCCUUUUUACCAUGGCCAUUAUUGGACUCGGGCUCCUGCUCUUUGCUUUUCUCAUUGGACAUAUGCAGAACUUCCUCCAGGCUCUCGUAAAGAGGUAUGACUUUUUACUAAUUCAUUUUCUCGAAAAUCGUCAUAUCGGUUAUCAGUGGUACUUUUUCUCCCUACAAAACUCAAAACCCUCGAUAAGUAGAUAAUAUCCAUAGUUCCAACAACAGACAACGAGUUCAACAUACUUGUAAUUAAUGCAUUUGAUUCUCUGCUCAAAUUCAACGGAUUCACCUGGAAAUGUUUGACAAACUUCCAUAUUCUGAAGGUUACAUGUGGCAAAUCAGGUAUCACAAUUAUAAUAAUAAGAGUUUGUCUUGAAGAGAAAAUCAGCUAACAUGAAUAU